CCUGCCGCUGGUAAAGAGACAGGAGCUGCCAAAGUUGCCUCCCCUCUCCCCCUGCAGGGAGCGAGAAAGACGGGAGAAGGAGAGAGAAGAGUGGGAACGCCAGUACAGCCGCCAGAGCCGCUCACCCUCCCCACGCUACAGUCGAGAGUACAGUUCUUCUCGAAGGCGCUCGAGGUCCAGGUCCCGAAGCCCCCAUUACAGGCAUUAGGCGGACUGCGUGGGACUGCAGCGCUCUGGGUUUCUGUAGUGAAAUAAAAGCAAACAUUAUUUAAUACCCUU